UGGGCGGGGAAGGGAGCGGUAGAUCUUGAAACCCACACCACCCCCCCAACUGCGUAUAUAAAGCCCCAUUCCCCCGCUCUCCUCGCUCUUCAUUCCCCAUCACUCCCCCAUCUCUCGAUCUCACUCGCCGAUCCGUGAAGCCGAAUCUGUUUCAGGAGGUCGCUAAUCUUUCAAGAAAGAUGGUGAAGAUCUGUUGCAUUGGUGCUGGAUAUGUCGGCGGGCCAACUAUGGCUGUGAUUGCACUCAAGUGCCCAUCAAUUGAGGUUGCUGUCGUUGAUAUUUCUGUAACCCGAAUCAAUGCCUGGAAUAGCGACCAGCUUCCCAUCUACGAACCGGGUCUUGAUGAUGUGGUGAAGGAGUGCCGAGGAAGGAACCUCUUCUUCAGCACUGAUGUAGAGAAACAUGUGCAAGAGGCAGACAUCGUGUUCGUCUCAGUCAACACCCCAACCAAGACCCAGGGUCUUGGAGCAGGCAAAGCUGCUGACUUGACGUACUGGGAGAGCGCAGCUCGCAUGAUUGCUGAUGUCUCAAAGUCCGACAAGAUUGUUGUUGAGAAGUCCACUGUCCCCGUGAAGACAGCCGAGGCCAUUGAGAAGAUCCUCACCCACAACAGCAAGGGAAUCAAGUAUCAGAUUCUUUCGAACCCAGAGUUCCUUGCCGAGGGGACAGCAAUCCAAGAUCUCUUCAACCCGGACCGCGUCCUCAUCGGAGGAAGGGAAACUCCUGAAGGCCAGAAGGCAGUCAAAGCUUUGAAGGAUGUCUAUGCUCACUGGGUACCAGAAGACCGCAUCCUGACCACCAAUCUAUGGUCAGCAGAGCUCUCCAAGUUGGCUGCCAAUGCCUUCUUGGCUCAGAGGAUUUCAUCGGUGAAUGCCAUGUCAGCUCUCUGCGAGGCCACAGGUGCAGAUGUGACUCAGGUCUCAUAUUCUGUUGGCAAGGACUCGAGGAUCGGGCCCAAGUUCCUGAAUGCCAGUGUUGGCUUCGGAGGAUCCUGCUUCCAGAAGGAUAUCUUGAACCUCGUCUACAUCUGCGAGUGCAAUGGCCUCCCUGAGGUGGCGGAGUACUGGAAACAAGUCAUAAAGAUCAAUGAUUACCAGAAGAGCCGGUUCGUUAACCGCCUGGUCUCCUCCAUGUUCAACACCGUCUCCAACAAGAAGAUUGCGAUCCUUGGGUUCGCCUUCAAGAAGGACACUGGUGACACCCGAGAGACUCCUGCCAUCGAUGUGUGCCAGGGGCUGCUAGGAGACAAGGCAAGGCUGAGCAUCUACGACCCGCAGGUCACGCAGGAUCAGAUCCAGAGGGACCUGACAAUGAACAAGUUCGACUGGGACCACCCAGCCCACCUCCAGCCCAUGUCCCCAACCACCGUGAAGCAGGUUUCUGUUGUCUGGGAUGCGUAUGAGGCGACAAAGGACGCCCAUGGAAUCUGCAUCCUCACGGAAUGGGACGAGUUCAGGUCCCUCGACUUCCAGAGGAUCUACGACAACAUGCAGAAGCCCGCCUUUGUCUUCGACGGGCGCAACGUUGUCAAUGUCGAGAAGCUUCGGGAGAUCGGGUUCAUUGUCUACUCGAUCGGUAAGCCGAUCGACGCAUGGCUCAAGGACAUGCCCGCUGUCGCCUAAAAUAUUGUUCGCUGAAGAACGAAUCAGAUAUUCCAGAGGCAGCCAUUUUCUAUUCUCUCUUUUUAACUGUUAUCUUUUUUCCCCUUUGAUGGGCCCGUAUCACACCUUUGCCAUAGUAGCAAGGGUAAUGGUAUUACAUUAUCGGCUUACAUUGUAUUCAAACGAUUUUUGUCGCACCGCGUGUUAGAAAACUCCGAUUCAUUAUUUCUUUCGCCCAUUUGAAUCUACUCUGUAACUGCUUAGACCUAUAUAUUAGAAAAUAAAGUCUCCCAUUUACAUUUAC